AUGAGGGGUUCUCAAACUGGCGGUGAGAAUGACAGAACCCAAAGGGUGGUUGUGGCGGCGCUUAACUGGCGCUUUGACGAUGUGCCCGCAGGUUUACCCCAGUGCUUAGGGAACAUGCGCUUCGAUACGAAUAAUGCAAUGGUUGCUGAAGAUAAAGGAGGCAUUGAGGAUUACCAUAGGCUGGGACUUGUGCUGAUAUUUUGUCGGGUACGAGUUCCUAUCUGUAUGUACUCUACGGAGUACAGGUGGGCACGGUAUUUUAUUCCGGGGAUGAAUUCGCCAAUGAGUGCACGCCCCUUUGAGGCGAGAGGAGAAGCACUGUGCCGCGCCGCUUGCUGGACCUGGUCGUCGGGUCGAGGGAUCGCGGGACUCAGCUCAUGGCGCGAUCCACAGGAUGACCACUUUGAGCGGCGUGCAUGGGGAUUGAACGGACGGAUUGGAUGGUAG